AUGGACGGUGAAAACGAAGAAUACUUAUCUAUCAAGUACCGCCUGUAUCUGAAGGAGUGCGAAUCAGACACAAGUGAGUCCGAUGAAAGCAGUGAAGAUCAUAAAAGGAAAAAAAAAGUGAAAUCAAGACGAUGCCAUGCUCAAAAACCUGAUAAAGACAGCAGUCAAAGUAAACAAGCAAGUCAGAAGAGUAAAAGCUCGUCUAAACCGACCGUUACACUCUCCAGUACAAUUCCGAAUGCAUCAUUUCCACCAGAUAGUACUUAUAUAUCAUCAUUAAGUGAGCCAUCGAGAAUUGAUCCCCAUAAAGAAACUGAUCCUUGCGAUAAUUGUGUUGAAAUUUUGAAACAAGCAGCUGAAUUCUUAACGAAAAUCGAAUUAGAAUAUGGACUUCUAUUGCAACAUUCAGAGCCAACACCAACGUCAAAGUUUACUCAUGCACAUAUUAAUCGAACUAAGAAGCGAACAAGUGAAAAUGUUUCGCAUCGUUCACAAAGACAUGAAGCCAGUGAUAAACUGACUUCUGAUUGGUCUAGUUUAUAUUCUAAUGUUUCUCUUACGCCAGCAUCCUCAUUUGCAGAACUUGUAAAACACAGGAAAGAAUCUGAUUCAAAAAGAAAGAGCUUUAGACCAACCACCACUGAUGAAUUAUCAACUUUCAGUAGUGCUUCAGAAACUAACACUAUUACGCCAAUAAGUUGGAUGGAUUCGUCAGAAAGCCAAAUAUCCGAAGGGUGCAAAACAUACUUGAGCACUGAUGAAUUAAAGUCUGAAACAAAUCGAAAACCAAAGCGAUCUGGUGAAGAUAAUGUGAAGAAUAAAUUAGUGGUAUCAGAAGAUACAAAACAGCAAAAAAGCCUAAAAAUUGAACAUGAAAAAAAUGCGCCAAGCAAAUCUGCCUCAGAAAUCGCAGUAGAAAUGAAAAAAGAAUUUGAACCAUUACAAAAUGAUAAACGCAAUAUGGCAAAAACAUCUGACCCAAAAGAUCCAAUUACAAUUACUAAUGGCAAGAAAGAAGAAAUCAAAACUGCUCGAAAUAAAUGA